AUGGCAAGAAAUUAUAACGCUGUAGACGAACAACGUAUUUUGCAGGAGGCCAAUAUACGUCGUUUGCGUGAACUCGAAUUAAGUAAAUUGAGUGAAGCCGAUGAACAGAUUGCUCGGCAAGAAUUGGCCAAGUUCGAUGAAAUACAACGUGAACUUGAAAUAUUAAAUGAAACUGAUCAACAACGUAUGACAGAACUUGAAACAGAAAUACGUGAUAUGAAUCAAGAAAUAUAUAAUGCCGAAAAAGAACUUGAACAACUCAAUACACAACUCGAAGAACUUCGAGUUGAACAAGAAUCACAAGAAAAAAGUCUUGAACAAGUAAACAAUGAAGUUGCUAAACUAACACAAGAAAUAAAACAUAUACAAGAAGAACUUGAAAAGCUUCGUGAACAAGAACAUCAACUUAUUGUUGAACGUGAUAAGUGGCAAGCAACACUCAUCGAACAACAACAAAUUCUUAAAGAAGAACAAGCACAAGUGACCGAACUUCAACAACAAAUUGUUGUAUUAGAAAAUGAUAAACGUUUAUUAGAACAACGACGUGAUGAAUUAAACACACAAUUACAACAAGCUGAAACAGAAAGAGUCACUUUAGAACAAGAAAUAACAAAGCUUGAUGCUGAAUGUACACAAUUAGAACAACAAAUCAAUGCUUUACAACAAGAGCUAACUCAACUUGAACGAGUUGUUGAACAACUUGUCCAACAAAUAAAACAAACUCAAGAACAAAUGACUAAAUGUGAACAAGAUAUCAAUGAACAAACUGCUCGAAUUCAAGAAUUAGAAACUGAAAAACAACAAGUCGAAGCUGAAAUACAACGAUUACAAGAAUCGAUUCAACGCAUCGAAACAAUGAUCCAAGAAGUGGGAAAUAAAGAACGAGAAGUAACUGAACAAAUCAAUCAAAAAACUCAAGAAAAACAAAUGGUUGAAAAUGAACAGAGAGCUGCUGAAGCCGAAGUUCAACAGUUGAAAGCAGCUCUCGAAGCACUCAAUGGAGAAUUGAAAAUGUUACAAGAUAGAUUGACUCAAUUGACAAAUGAAGUCAAUCAGUUGGAAGAACAAGUUCGUCAAGCACAGAAUGAACUUCAACAAGCAACGGAAGCAGUAAAACUUGCCGAAGCAGAAACAACACGUCUUCGAGGCGAACUCGAUCAACUUACGCAACAAUUGCAAGCAAAACAAGCUGAAUUAGCUGAAGGUGAACAAAAGAAAACUCAACUAGAAGCAACACUCGCUCAAAAACAGGCUGAACUUCAACAGAUAACCGAUACUGUGAAUAGACUUGAACAAGCACUAACGCAAGCCAAAAGUGAACUCGAUGCUGCUAUUGAAUUACACAAUCAAUAUACUGAAACACUUCGUCAAGAAGAAGCAACUGAGUUAGAAAAGAAAAAGGAGGUCGAAAAUCAAGAAACUGCUUUAAAAGAAGCUCAAGAUGAAGCCAAUAAAUGUGAUCAAGAGGAGAGUGAGAAAAAACGAGCAUUAGACGAGGCGAUGCGUGAAGAAAAAAGAGCACAGGCUGACUUGAAUUCAGCCAAAAACCAACUGCAAAUUGCUGAAACGUCACUUCAUAUUGCUGAAAUGGCUCUUGCAACAGCAUUGGCCAUCCCACUAUUUGGUACGGUUGCAGCAGUUGGAGCGACGGCUGCAGUUGCAGCAGCCACUGCUGCUACUAUUGCUCUACAUGUAAAAGUAAAUAAUGCAGAAUCGAAACUGUCGCAACUGUCAAUCAAGCGUGAGCAAGCUUUUCAACUGCAUCAGACCGCACUAGAGCAAAAGCGAACGGCACAUACGAAAGUUGCUGAAGAGAAACGAGAACUUUUAACGAAACAAAAUGAGUUGAAACAACAGAUAGCAACUAAAAAUGCUGCUCAACAGCAAGUUGAGCGUCAACAAAAAGUCGUGGAGAAAGCAACUACCGAUCAUGCCGAACUUGAACGUAAACUUGCUGAAGCUAAAGAACAGCAAACAAUGAAAACAAAUGAAGUUCAUGAGGCUGAAGCCCAAGUCAAAAACCAAACUGAACAUGUUGAACAGUUAAAACGAGAAGCAGCUGAUCUAGAACGAAAUCAAACACAAACACAACAAGCACUUGUCACUGCAGAAAAUGAAUUGAGAAAUGCUCAAACUAAAGAGCAAACGGCGGAUGCCACUCUUAAAACGACGAACCAACAGCUUACAGCUACACAGCAAGGUGUUCAAGAGCUACAAUCCUCAGUCGCUCAAAAACAACAACAGACUGAAAUGAAACAAGCUGAAUAUGCUGCCAAAGAAGGCGAAGCACUACAGGCUAAAAAUAAAGGAAUAAUUAUUGAUCAAGAUCUUAAAUUAGCCAACCAGACAAAAUCAGAAUUGGAAACUGAGAAGAGAGAGCAAGAAAACAUGCUUCGAACUGAACAAGGCAAAAGUCAACAGCUCACUGUAGAACAUCAACAACUCAAAGCAAAAGUUGAAACAGUCCAACAACAAAAGCAACAACUUAGUCAACAAUUACAAGACUUCAAAAAUCAAUUGGACCGACAAAAUGGAGAUAUGAUGCAAAAGAGUAAUGAAGUAGAGAAAGCCAAAGCUGAUUUAUACACAAAGGAACAACAGAAAGAUCAACUCAAAUCACAGCGAGAUGAACGUGCAGCCCAUGUUGAACGAGUCAAAGGACAAAUUCGAGAAAACGAACAAAAUUUAAAAGAAAACGAAACGAAUAUGUCACAAACAGUACAAGCCAGACGAGAACGAGAAAUCGCUAAACAGUUAGUAGAACGUCAAGUAGUCGAUAGUCAACAACGUCUUCAUCAAACAGCUGAACGCCUUGAACAACUAUCCAGUCAAGUGCAAGAGAAACAGCAAGUUUAUAAUGAAAAAAACCGUCGUCACACAGACCUUACCGCUGAUGUUGAGCAACGUCAAGCAGCUAAAGAACGUUUGGAAAGUAAUGUUCAGGAUAUACAUAAUCGAUGGACAUCGAAGCGAAUCUGGGCGACAAGUGCCGCAACACAUGUUGCUCAACUCGACCAAGAAAGAAGCAAUAUAAAACUAGCUAGCCGACAAGCAGUUGAAACUAACAAAAACCAUAAUCGAAACCGAAAAAAUCAGCAACAAGUUUAUCGCCACUGA